UAAACCUGUUCCUUGUUCGAACACACUACUAGUAGCUUCCGCCUCUCUCUCUCUCAUCCAAUUGCUCCGAAAUUGAGAGCCGUCGAGCCCUAAAAUUUUUAGGAUAAGGCUAAUUUUAACUUUAAAAUUCGCAUAACCAAUUUAAUUUAGCACUUGUACGAGCUGAGUGUAGCAAUUGUCGGCGUGAAAUGGCACACUCGUUGGUCUCCUCAUCGGCCUCCUCUAUCAGAUUCAGUUCCCUAGCGUUCUCUCCAAACCCUAGCAGCAAUCUCGAUUCUCAGAAGCAUUUUCUCCCCUUCGAGCCCCUUCGUUCCAGGAAUUUGAGAAAGUUUAGUAGUACUAGAAAGAACUUUCAGCUAUCUCCAGCAAAGGCCGUUUACUCUGGUGAGUUUUGGGCACCUGAGAGAAGUUCCCGACAAGGGAUUUGGUCAAUAAGGGAUGAUUUGGAAAUUCCGUCGUCACCUUAUUUUCCUGCAUAUGCCAAUGGGCAAGGUCAAGCACAGGGGCCACCUCCAAUGGUGCAUGAGAGAUUCCAGAGUGUUAUUAGUCAACUUUUUCAACAUAGAAUUAUUAGGUGUGGUGGAGCUGUUGAUGAUGACAUGGCAAACAUCAUUGUUGCUCAACUUCUCUACCUUGAUGCAGUUGAUCCUAAUAAGGAUAUUGUAAUGUAUGUAAAUUCUCCAGGAGGAUCAGUUACAGCUGGCAUGGCGAUAUUUGACACAAUGAGGCAUAUCCGACCUGAUGUAUCCACAGUCUGUGUUGGAUUGGCUGCUAGUAUGGGAGCUUUCCUGCUUAGUGCUGGGACGAAAGGGAAAAGAUACAGCUUGCCAAACUCAAGGAUAAUGAUCCAUCAACCUCUUGGUGGAGCUCAAGGUGGGCAAUCUGAUAUAGAUAUCCAGGCAAAUGAAAUGCUGCAUCACAAGGCAAACCUAAAUGGGUAUCUGGCCUACCACACUGGUCAAACUCUUGAGAAGAUCAACCAGGAUACGGACCGCGACUACUUCAUGAGCGCAAAAGAAGCCAGAGACUAUGGGCUUAUUGAUGGCGUGAUCACAAAUCCUCUCAAGGCAUUCCAACCGCUAGCAGCUGCAGCUGCAGCAGAUCAACAAUGACCACACUUUAAUUUGUGUAAAAUUCCUGGUGCUUGAGCUUGAGUACUAUUUAUUGUAGAGUUAAAUGAGAAAGAUCACAUUUGGUGUUCUUAGUUUUGCUAGAUGAUGUUAUGCUGGCAAAUAAACGAGCAUUUCUUUGCCGUUACUCCUAACAGAAUCUUAUCCAGCUCCUUUUUCUCUAAUCUUUUGACUUUUCUGGAAUUAUGGUUUCUCCAAUUCUAGAUAAUGUUUGCUUCA